AUGGGGAAGAACAAGCGGCAGAAACUCUCUUCGAAUCCCAAGGGGAAAUCUGCAAAGAGCAGGGCCAUUGGGAAGGGAGGGAAACCGACUGGGAUAACCAAACCCCAACCGCAAGAAAAAAAGAAGAAGCAUGUCCAGCAGCAACACACGAAACCCACCAUUCCUUUCUCGCCUGUUGAUAGGAUUCUAUUGAUUGGUGAAGGCGACCUUAGUUUCGCGCGCUCGCUGGUCGAGAGCCAUGGCUGUAAGAACAUUACGGCUACAGUGUUUGAGUCGAGAGAGGAAUUAGAGGGAAAAUACCCACAUGUUGGCGAGAACAUAGCCGCGGUGGAGAACGGGGCAGGUAUAGUGAGAUAUGGUGUCGAUGCUACAAAAUUCGGACCGCUGUGGAGAGAUGUACGUGGGAAGAUAGAUAGAGUGUUCUUCAAUUUUCCCCACGUGGGGGGAAAGAGUACGGAUGUCAACCGUCAGGUUAGGUAUAACCAAGAACUCUUAGUGGCAUUCUUCAAGAAUGCUCUCACCUCUCUAGCGCCUGGAGGCUCAAUCAUAGUCACGCUCUUCGAAGGAGUGCCGUACACGCUCUGGAAUAUCCGUGAUUUAGCACGACAUUCGGGACUCCAGGUUGAGAGGAGCUUUAAGUUUCAGGCAAAAGCCUACCCAGGGUACAAGCAUGCGCGGACGUUGGGAGUGGUUAAGCGGAAAGACGGCAAGGAGGGUGGUGGUUGGAGGGGUGAGGAGAGGGAGAGUAGGAGUUACAUUUUCAUGAGGAAGGGGGAUGUGGCCGAGGUGAACGGAGGAGAUAAGAGGAAGAGAGGGGAUAGCAGCAGUGAGAGCGAAGACGAAUCCUCUGUUGAAGACGAAAAUCAAAGUACGGAUUGGGAUGAGGAUGAACAGGAGGAAGAGGAAGAGGCAGAGGAGGUGGACGAGGAUGAUGUGGAUGGACUUCACGAAAACGAGGAAAACGAGCAAGACGAAGGCAGAGACGGUCAUGAUUGA